AUGCCGGCCCGGCUACGGCGGCCAGUGGAAGCAUCGCUCCGGUCGAACAGGGAAGCUAGCAGGGCGACCCUUGCGGUGACGAGGCUGCACCAGCGUGCAAAGCGAGACGACUCCAAGCCGUGCGAGCUGAAGGACCUCAGGGACCCGGAUGUUCUGGCAGCCAUGACUCCUCGACAGCUGUCCUUGGUGGCUUGGUCGCUGGGAAAACUGCGGGACCUAAGCUCAGACUUGGGCUGUGCAAGAGGGGACUUGCUAAGCCUUGUGGCGAGCAGGGCCUCAGAUAUGGAUGCACAGGGUCUCUCAAUGACGAUGUGGUCCUUCGCUUCGCUAAAGGUGCAGAGCCACGUGAGAGUCAUCGUUGGCCAUGCCCUGGCCGCCAUGUCUCAGAUGUCAGCCCAGGGAGUGUCCAACACACUCUGGGCUUGUGCGUCGCUACGCGAGGACCAAGAGCCACUGCUCCAGCUGCUGGCUGAGGCUGAGGCCGAUGCGCCCAUUCUCUCCAAGCUUUCCACUUGCUCCACCCAAGCGGCUGCCAAUGUGGUCUGGGCGACGGCGCGGCUUUCCGGCGGUUGGGCCAUGCAACGAACGGCGGCGCAGGUGGCGAAAGCCCGUGCUCCUGAGCUGCGAGCCGAGGAGGCGGCGGCGGUGCUCUGGGCGCUGGCCGUGACAGCGCCCAAGGUGGCAGUCGAGCGCAAGGAAAGGCUUUCCGUAGUCUCCGUCGUGUCGGAGCAUGCGCUGCGUCAGCUUCACCCGAAGUCCCUGGCUGCAUCUGCUUGGGCCUUCGCGACCCUCGCAGAAACGGGGCCAUUCUGGACCAGAUUUGCAGCAGCAACGUCGACUGCCCUACGCACAGAGAGCUUUUCGUCUCAGGAGCUUGCUCACACUUGCUGGGCUUUCGCAACAGUCGUGUACUCGCAGCAGAUGGCACAAGGGCUAUGGACCGACCUCGGCGCUGCUCUUCUCGGUCUGCGUAAGUUCUCGGCGACCGAACUCGCAGCUGUAUCGUGGUCCAUGGCGGCUGCUCGUUUCGUGUGUCCUGGGUGGUCGGAACAGUUCCCUGAAAUUAGCAGAGGCUGUAAAGGCAUGAAUCUGCGAGCUUUGGCUUCGGUCGCCUGGUCGUGGACAACCCUCACUUUCAGCGUGAGCUUCCUGGAAGACACCGUCAUGCCCGCUGCAAACAGCGAAGUUCGGUUUCAUCUGCAGCAACUCGACAGCUUGGAUUGGGCCAAGGCAGAUGUGCACAGGGAGCUCUUGGAUCCUUUGCUCCAGCUGGCAUGGGCUUUCUCCUUCGCAAAGGUUUUUGCAGAGCCUUUGCUGGCAAUGGCUUCCAGCUUGGCUGUGGGAGUGGGACGACGCUGGGACUUGGGGUCUUCGUCUGACGGAACCCUCAGCACAGCUGUUUCGUCACCGGAUGGAGAUGGAGAGCAAAAGCCCAGAAUUCUUCUGAAGCACGGUGGCAUCUUGUUUCUUCACAAACCAGCUGGGUGGGAAGUUGAUGGAGGUAGGGAUGCCACGCAACGACCAGGGUCUCACCCUCAGCUGUCUUCGUUUCUUCGCGAACUCUCCCAUCACCCCGUGCUGCGGGACCUAGCAUGCGGGUUUGGCUUUCUGGGACGCUUGGAUCUGCCGUCUGAAGGCGUCGUGCUGGCUGCUGCAACAUACCAGGCCUACUACGCACUCCGGAUGCAGCAGGAGACCUUGGCCCUGGAACGUGAGUACAUCAUGCUUUGCCAUGGUCAAAUGCCAUGGGGCCUGAGCAUUCUUCGCCAAGGCAUCCGUGGAAUACCGCUUUCCGGCAGCAUCGUCUCCGCUGAUGGCUUACCCGCAGAGACUCACAUCCUGCCCUGUGCUUGGCUCCGUGGACACGGGGGUGAAGUGUACACGCUCGUGGCCGCAUCCAUUGUUACGGGGCGCAAGCACCAGAUCCGAGUGCAUCUGUCGCAUCAGGGCUAUCCUGUUGUAGGUGAUCACAGGUAUGGAUGCCAUGCAUCCCCUAGCGCUGGCACACCGGACAUGUCCUGCCGCCAGUUCCUCUUCCGAUAUCGGAUUGCCGUGCUUGGCUUGGGUGAGAAGAGUGAGGCUCUGCAGGUGGCACUCCCGCUUGCGCCAGAUCUCCGCGCAGCCUUACAGGCCCUGCAGCCGCUGGAUGAGGCAUCGGCAAGCGCCUGGCAGCAGUGGACGUCGGGGGCAAAGCCCUUGGCCUUCCGUGAGUUGGAAAUGCAACAGAAGCAGAAACGACGGGACGAUACUGCUGCGAGCUGGGCCUUCUUUACACUUCACGGCGGCGGCGCCCGCAGGCGCUUGCUAGCACUCUCUGCUGCCCUGAAGAGCAACGAGGCGCUGCGCAAGGACAUCCUGGCUGCUGGCUCAUCGGGGGCCCUGGCCAUCGCCCGGCAGGACCCUCGCGAGUGGGCGUGCUCGGACCUCCAGGCGAAGCGUCAGCGUUGGGCUCUUGAGUCCAUGCAAGAGGCCAAGAUGCCCAGUGGUCAGAUGGCCCGGUGCCCCGAGUGCGGAGGCAAGGCCUUUGUCAACACAGGGCGAGCUGGAAGCGGCCGGGCUGCGCGACUCUCCAAGCAGUAUGCGCACUUCAAGUGUACUGAGCCGGACGCGCUCCGCGAGGCUCUCGGGCUUCUGAAGCUGCAAGGUGGCUGUGUGGCCCUUGUUUUCUGCAACAACGAGGCUACAGUUGAGAAGGUGGCAGAGCAGCUUGGGGAGCACUCGGCAGACUAUGACAUCGUAGCGCUUCACGAGCAGAUGCCCUCGGCCGCCGCCUCCGAACGGCUCCUGGACCUUGAGAGGCCUUCCGUGCUUGUCGCCAGGACCUCGCCUUCUUUUUCUCCUAAACAGUUCCGGCUGUGA